AUGCUUGUGUUGGACAUGUUAGACGGUGGUCACCAAACUGAAGAUGAAGAAAGCGGGCCCAUCCGAACGUGCGAGCAUGCACGUCCUUCGAAUGAAGUUUCGUGGCGGGUUUGGGGGCUCGUCUUGAAGCACUCGCCACAGGUUUACCACCAACGUAUUUCGUCAUUGAGAUUCAAGCCUUAUCCCAGUGAAACGUCCCUCAGCGAUGUGUUCCACACUUACUUGGAACCCGUAGUGAGCAUCUACAACAAAUAUCUACUCGAAGGAACCUCUUUGCGCUUUACUUAUGAAACCCAAUCGGUCCAAGAGAAACAAGUUGCGAGAAUAUAUGUGCAAGACGGUGAUCACAGACGGCUGCAUCUUAUCCUCCACUUCAUUCCCAAGGGACAAUUUUGUUGGGCGGGCCUCCCAAAUCCAGAACGAUUCAUUGAAUGCACCGAAGUGUCAAGGCUCGUGGAAGAGUUCCAACGUAUUGCAUCCCAAGAGCAUCCUAAAUUUUUCGUUGUUACUGAUACAGAAAGGGUCCUCCUGAUCAGCCACAUCCGCAACCACCAUGUCACUCUGAAUACCAGCCUCGUCACUUAUCUGCUUGCGCCCGGUCGCCAGUCUUUGCGACACGCGCUAUCUCUUCUGUUCUUCCAGGCUGAGGAGUGUGAUACGAAUGUAGACCCGUGGCCGAAGUUUCUUCAGGGUGCACUCAACGACCCAAGCCUGAACUUGAACCGCCCAUCGCAACAGCAGCAACAGUAUACUACCUUCCAUGACUUCGACCGCUUCACGCUCCAGAGAAACCUCCCUUAUCUCGAACAGUUUCUCAUUUGGAAAAGCCAAGAGUCUAAACGCCUCAGCGCGCCUUUCAUUGGGCCAGGCACGAUGCUGGACGUUGAUGCCAAUGCUUUUCUGCGAGAAGAGAUCCCGUGGCGAUGUCGGUUUCCCAAUCCAUCGGUUCCUCCCAGUACCAAGGAAUUCGUUGGCCGGAAUCCGCGCCAACGACUGCGCGAUGUGGACGAGAUAUUGUCUAACGGACAAAAUAUUACAUUCGAGGUGACAGAAGUCGUUCGCCACGAGCGCGAUACGUUCUCGCAGGUAUUCUUCGGUGUCCUUCGCGCUGCAGACGGGCGUGUCUCUGCACCAAUAUGUGUCAAAAUCUUCCUUGAUCUGCUGUUUCCAGUGGAUGCUGAGCUGCUUCUCGAUGACUUUGGAAUUCGGGACGCGAUGUGGCGACUGAGAUCGCUGCAUUACCCCGAAGACCUGGUCAAGCGGGAAGAGGCUGCAUACGAGCGACUCCACGAGCAUCAGGGAACAAUGGUUCCCCAUUGCUACGGUUUUCAUCGAAUUACUCUGCAAGGCAAAUUCACGGCGUACGCUGCCCUGCUCGAAAUCAUCCCCGGGCCGACGCUUGCUGAGGUUGAUACCUGGAACUGGAGUGAUCGCGAUGCUGCCACACACGGUUUUACGCAACAUGUUAGAGAGUGUCUCCGGACGCUGCUCUACGCUGGGAUCAACCAGGCGGACUUCCGCCCCUCCCAGAUCAUGCUUCCUGACGGGCCCGGAUACCGACCGGAGCGCGACAGUGUGGUGCUCAUCGACUUUGGGUUCGCACUGCAGCGUUUUGGAGAUGAGCAGCGUCGAGAUAUCCCCGCGACCAUGCAGAACCGAAACACCAUCGACAUUCUCGAGCUUAACAUUCUUAGCGACCACUGUCAGAUUCACACCGACUUUCGCCGCGAGAUUUUUGAGCAGGAGACGUGUCAUUGGAACGAGUGGUAG